UCAUAUUCCAGACAUUUCCGGCGAGAGACUACCAGAAGAAUCUCGAAGACGCCGGAAAAUUUUGUUCGAAUUCUUCGCUGUAUAAAAUGGCCCACAUUUCUCAAAAUUCGUCAUCUCAGAUAUUGACGAGCAACUUUGAUCGACGUAAAAGCGAGUUCGGGAAUUUGAGUCUCUGUUUUCUGGGUUGGUGGACCGUUUUCGAGCCGAGAUCUAAGUCGUCUGGAUUGUAUUUGGAACCGAUUUGGUGGAUUUUCCUUCCCGUUUCGUUUAACUUUUAAUUCGACAAAUCGAGGAGUAUCGUUAGUGCAUUUCAGAUCAGCUAGAGAAAAUGAUUCCAGCUUACAGGUACAUGGACUCGCAUCCAUUCCAGAAAAAUCAAAUGCCUUCCAAUCCAUAUCAGUAUUCAAAUAUGGAACAUAUCCCAUCUUACAUGAUGAUGGAUCCAACUAGAUCAUAUGUGCCUCCAACUGAUUCUGGGCGUAAUACUUGGUAUUCUGGCUACCCAAUGCCAGUUUAUUCCUGCUGUAAUGGUGGUAACUUCUUCCCUGGCUGUUAUGGUUUCAGACCGCCACACCAUCCCGUUGCACCGCAUCAGCAUAUGCAAUGCUAUGGCGGGUACCCGUCGUGCCCCGAACCGUAUUAUGUCCCAUAUGUUCCUCCCCCACAUUAUAAUGUAGAGCAGCCUAGGUUUGAGUUUGAUAAGAACAUGAUGAUGAGGAAUCAUCACUGCUGUGGCUGUCCUAACAGUUUGUGUGGGCAGAACCAGAACCAGAACCAGAACCAGAACGAAGGUAAAUGUGUGAGAAUUGAAGAAGAGAAACCAGAUUUUCAAAGGAAGGGGACUCUAGUUCCUGUUCAAUUAGGAGAUAAUCAAUGCCCAAUUUUGUGGAUUCCUCCUGAUUAUAUGGGGAGGGAAAAAGAGAGAGAGCCUUCUGAAACUGAAACCGCGAAGCAGGAGAAAGAGCGUCAUGGUUCUAAUUCGACUGAGAAGGGUCUGAAGUUCUGGAGUGGCUGGCCUUUGUCUGGUCUGAGCCACCUUGGGUCGUGGUUGCCUGACGGAGAAGGCAUGGGGGUACAAAAUGUGCAGAAUGAACAACAGGAGGAUGGAAAAAAUGAGCUCCCAUUUCCUGUUAUUUGGAUGCCCGCUAGAAAGAGUUUUCAAAAUAUGGAUGCUCCCAUGAAACCUACUGCAGAGCCUUCUACAAUUGAGGGUCCUGAAGUUUUGAAGACCAUAAAUCAGAGAAAUAUUCCUGAAAAGGAUAUGGAUCACAAGACUGAAGACACCAAGGAAAUUAGAGAAAGAAGAUGCAUCCCGAUCCCAGUUGCGACAAUGAAAGACAACGAGGAAAAGGAGUCAUCUCGAAACAAUGUCAAAAGGCAGUCUUCAUCUUCGCCAAAGAAAUCAAGACUGCCCCCUGUUUGUCUCAGAGUGGAUCCUCUUCCAAAGAAGAAAAACAGCAAUGGCGGUUCGAAGUCCCCCAGUUCUUUAACUCCGAUUGCUGCAAAAGAUAAUUCUGAAUCGGAUUCAAAGAUCGAUAAUGCUACAGCAGGGCAUGGUAGCGAGAAGAUCAUUAAGACAGUAGAAGUGAGGACCCAUGAGAGCCAUGAUCAAGAGAACGAGGAGAUUAUCACUAGCACUGGAGAGCAGCUAAGCUCACCGAGGCAGUCAGAGGAGAAGUUUCUUGACAAGAUUUGCAAGGAUGGAACAGAGGAAUGUACGGGUAAAGAAGAUGGAAGAGAAGAAAGUACAGAUAAAGAAGACGGAAGAAUAAGCCAUACCGAUACAUCUACUAAGGUUGUUGAUGAAGGGUUGGAGGUAAGUUCAGAGGACUUAGCGCCGGAUGAAGGAAAAAAGGAACAGCCGAACAUGACAGACAUAGAAGCUGCCCUGCUCAUCCAGUCAGCCUACCGCGGUUAUGAAGUUAGGAAAUGGGAACUUGUAAAAAAGAUGAAGCAACUUGUUGAAAUUCGUCAACAGAUCAUUGAGGUUCAAAAUCGUGUGAAAGCUCUGGAAUUGGCUCCUCAAGAUGAGAAAGAAAGAAUGUUUACUGGAGAAAUGAUAAUGAGACUGUUGCUAAAACUUGACACCAUACAGGGUGUGCAUCCAAUUGUGAGGGAGUUCCGAAAAUCAUUGGCAAAAGAACUUGUAUCCCUUCAGGAGAAACUUGACUGCACGACGAUGACUACAAAGCCUACAGAAGCAGUACAGGAAGUCACCACAGAAAAACCUGCUAAACAAUUUGAUAUAGAAACCCAUGAUGACAGGAAGGAGGAAGAGCAAGAUGAAGCUGAUGAAGUAGCGAUUGGCGAAAUCUUCUCCGAGGGGGCAAAUGACAGCAACAGUGUAUUGGGAGAGUCGAAGGAAGUUCAACCUCUCUGUGGUAUUGAUCAUAUGGCUGGCUUUGAAUCGAAGGAAGCUCAACCUCUCUGUGGAAUUGAUCAUAUGGCUGACUUUGAAUGUGCGAAGUCCCCUGUAGAAGCCCCUGAUGACAGAAAGGAGGACGAGCAAGACGAAGUUGAUGUAGUAGCAAUUGGUGAACUCUUCUCCGAAGGGGUAGAUGAAAGCAACAAUUUGUUGGGGGAGUCUGAUGAAGCUCAACCUCUCCACAAAAUCCAUAAUAUGGAUUGCUUUGAAGGAGCCUUGUCCUUCCCUGCAGAUGUAAAUGAUGAGAACUCUAAGGCGUGUGAAGCAGAACAAGUUGUAGAACUAAGAGAACCUGGAGUUAAAAAUGAAGAUACCUCUGAAUUGUCCUCUCAAAACUGCUCCAAGCAAUUAGAGUGUGAAAAAGUUGCAUCAUCGCUCUUCGAAGAUAAAAAGCCAGAAGAGGCUGAAUCAACGGCUGAGAUGGAACAGAAUGUGGAGAUGGUGACUGAUGAAAUUCUUCAGAUUGACAUGGAAGGACAAACUGAUGAUUGUCAAGCAACCAUUUCUGUACCCGAUGAAAAUGGACAAACUGAAGAUCAUUUGGCUGCUGGUUUGGAAGUGCCAAUGAGAGAGGAUGAUGAUCCAAGUAAUUUUGAAGCUGCUAAGCUUGAGCACAUUGAAACGAGAGAAGUAUCAGAUGCUGAGCAGAACGGGGAGGAUUCGAGUCAUGAGUCGAAAUGUGAAAAUGGAAACGGAGCAUUUGAUGAAUCUCAAUCAAACUGCACUGGUGACGUGAACAUGAAAAUUGAGUUGGCAACAGCAGACACGGAGGAGAAAAUGGUUGGAGAAGUGCAACAUCAGGCUAAACAACCCUCUGAGAAAUCUGCAGAAACCGAGUCGGAAACAGCAUACGAGGAGGAGAAAAUGGUUGGAGAAGUUCAACUUCAGGCUAAACAACCCUCUGAGGAAUCUGCAGAAUUGCAAAAGGAACUAUUAAACUCGUACAUACAUAAUGAGGUCAUAAGUGAGAAAAUGGCAGAAGAGAUGGACAAAAGGCUGGUAGAAGAAAAUGAGAAAAUGAAGGAGAUGGUGGAGAAGUUGCUGGAGGCUGGAAAAGAACAGAUAGCCAUUAUAUCUAAACUAAGUGGAAGAGUGAAAGAGUUGGAAAAAAGGCUGGCGAAGAAGAGGAAACUGAGGGGAGGAUGUGGGAAAUCUGUGUCAAGACAACAUCCUAUGUUGAAUGGUCGGAUAAAGACUUGAAAAGAUCUGCAAUCAAAGUAAAGAUGUUCUUGGAUUGAUGAGCCAAUAUCUACUGAUGAUGGAAUCCUUUUUUAAGGCGUGUUUUAGCAUGUAUCAUCGAAAAAUAUUAAUAUUUUAAAUGAAAGUGAUUUUAGCGAUAGUAAAUGAUUUUAGUGAUGUUUAUGAGUACAAUACUAAUACAUAGAA